AAAAAGAAUUGAAUAAAAAGAAAAAGAAAAGUGAAACUGCGUUACUCCUACGCCAAGUUGUUGUAUAAAGACAGAGAAUUCUAGAAGCUUUGGGUCUUCGGCCGUUUGUUAUUUCUUGGGUUUUCUUGAGAGGGUCGUCUCUGUCAUUACCCAUUUUUCAGGCUUCGAUUUUCUGAAACCGAGAUAAUUUUCUCCGAGAGCUUUGCUUUUCGUGAAGACUCAGCUGCGUGUGUGUAAUAAUGGCGUCGAAACGGAUCUUGAAGGAGCUCAAGGAUUUGCAGAAAGAUCCUCCUACCUCUUGUAGCGCCGGUCCUGUGGCUGAGGAUAUGUUCCAUUGGCAAGCAACAAUUAUGGGGCCUGCUGAUAGUCCGUAUGCAGGGGGCGUAUUCCUUGUUUCAAUUCAUUUUCCUCCGGAUUAUCCCUUUAAGCCUCCAAAGGUUGCAUUUAGGACAAAGGUAUUCCAUCCCAACAUCAACAGUAAUGGAAGCAUAUGUUUAGAUAUUCUCAAAGAACAGUGGAGUCCUGCAUUAACCAUUUCCAAGGUACUGCUGUCAAUAUGCUCUCUGUUGACGGACCCCAACCCGGACGAUCCUCUUGUGCCUGAAAUUGCUCACAUGUACAAGACUGACAGAGUCAAGUACGAAGCUACGGCUCGCAGUUGGACACAGAAGUAUGCCAUGGGAUGAUUUAAGAAAGAGCUCUCAGCAUUUGUAGAGACCCACAAAUGCAUGGAUUCCAUCUCCUUUAGGUCUUCAAGGAAGAGGAAAUAUUGGAAGUGUAUUUUCAUUUUCUGUUUUUCUUCUUUUCUCUUAUCUCUUUCUUCAGUUGAAAAUCGGCAAGGAACUUGGAUAUCUUUUUGUGAAUAUCAUUUUCAGAUAUUGGAGAUGGAAAACAAAACAAAAGAAAAAAAAACAAAAACUGUGUUGUAUCGUUACUAAUGUUCUGGUCAAGUGAAUGGUCUUGUUGAUGUGUUA